GUUACUGGGUUGGUCAACAACCACUCUGCUUUACCCAAUCUCGACGCGCUUUUCUCCGGAGAUCGAUCGAUCCGCUCUGCUGGGCAAGCACGGGCGGAUCCGGACAGUGGAUUCGUCCCCUACGGUGUUGUGCGUGGUCAGAUGCCUACGACUACUCCAUCUGAAGCUAACGCAAAUGGCGACACUGCUGGGCCCGCACGGUGGUCAAGCUGGGGGAUCUGGACCCGGUGUGGAACCAGCGCCUGUACUCCGGCCUGCUCAAGCUUUGUCCUUGCGCUUCUCUUUCUCCCAAGGAAUCCACUUAAGGCGCUUAAGGACCUGGACCCCGUGUGGAAACAGCGUCUGUACUCCAGAAUGCUCAAGCUUUCAAAUUCUUGCCUUCUUUCUCUCAACGAAUCUGCCCAAGGCGGUUAAGGAUCCGGACCCGCUGCACCCGGUGUGGAACCAGAGCCUGUACUCCGCCCUGCUCAAGCUUUCAAUUCCUUGCACUCUUCCUCUCAACGAAUCUGCCCAAGGCUCUUCCAGUGCCUGUGUCAAGCUUAAGGAUCUGGACCCGGAGUGGAACCAGCGCCUAUACUCUGCCCUGCUAAAGCUUUCAAAUCAUACUGCUCUUACUCUCAACGGAUCUGUCCAAGGCUGUUGCAGUGCCUGUGCCAAGCUUAAGGAUGAUCUGGACCCGGAGUGGAACCAGCACCUGUACUCAGCCCUGCCCAACCAUUCAAGUCAUAGUGCUCUUUCUCUCAACGAAUCUGCCCAAGGCUGUUGCAGGGCCUGUGUCGAGCUUAAGGAUUUGGACCCUGUGUGGAAUCACAGCUUCUACGUCGACCUGCUUCAAGUUCUUUCUCUUGAAAGACAUGCUUACAACGUCAAUGAAUCUGCCCAAGAAGGCAUUCCCACGCUUCAAAGUCUGAAGCUUUUUGGGAGGCUGUGGAAGCUGUGUGACUACUUCGAGAUGUUGGAUCUAUCCAAUCUUCGCGUGGUUAUUCUCGAAGGUGGUGCUGACAGAUUCGUCGGAUUCUAUAGCGCAUCACUCCUGCGCCUCUCUGAUUAUCUAGAGGCGUUCAAAUUACUCCUACUAUAUAAGUGGGGAACUCACUCUGACUUCAUCGAUGGAGGCUACAGCAGAGCUCAGAUUGCCAGCUUGUAUUCAGCACCAAUAUGGUUGUAUGUAUCGUGGUCGUAUGGCAAGAACAAACCAGUGUGGUUGUGUGUGGAGGUUGUAAGCGCUUAUGACCUCGCGCCCAUGGAUGAGCAGGGUUCUGCAAGUACUUUUGUUGAGAUUGCCUUUGAUAAUUUCCGGUACCGCAAGACUGUCAAGGAGAAAGAUCUGAACCCGGUGUGGAACGAGCGUUUCUACUUCGAUUUGUCUGAUCCAUCUAUUCUCCCUCAGCUUCAUCUUAAAGCAUACAUCUAUCAUGUUAGAGUUGUGUCGAAUAUAGUGUACAAGGUAGGUUACAGUUGAACUCUGAGUUGUAUUGUGUUUAGAUAGGAUAUGGAGUUGUGUCCUAAUAAGACACUUGUAUCCUAGGCCUCUCUUAUAUAGCGAGGGUAGACACAUGAUGUAACAUAUGCCAACAUAAUAGCACAGGCGC